GGGUGGCACGAGGCUGGGCGUCGGAGGGUGGGUGUCAAAGUGGCGUUUCCCGUCGCACCCUCUGUCCUUAUCUUGGACGGGUGACAUCCCUGCGUUCUCUUAAGUCUUUUAAAGCCGGCUCCUGCCUGCUUUCCACGGGCGCCUGCACCCCUCACCCUUCUGAACGGCUUUGCUCUCGCAGAUUGACCUCACGCCCUCCUGGUACCUACUGACAAUGUUUCUUUGAAUUCACCACAUCCAUGUCUCUCAUACUGAAUAUUUUAAGAAAGAUGCUGGCUUACUUUGGUGUCCCCAUAGACCAGGUUUUGCUCACGUGGAAAAAUAAAGAUUAUGGCUCGACUCGGAGUAUCAUUCGUGCUAUUGGGAAAAUGCUUCCUUUAGAACCUUGCCGUAGACCUAAUUUUGAGUUGAUCGCACACUUGAGCUCUGUGGAGUCUGAUCAUUGUGAGUCUACGGUUCCAUCUUUUGCUGAUGUUUUGAGUGUGGCAGGUGGUGAAGAAGCCAGUCCCCUCAGAUGUCGAAAUAACAUACGGAGAAAUUGGGGAGAGGAAAAAAUUGAUCUUUUCCACCCAUCACAUGUUUGGGAUCCAUUGUCACCUGCUGAAAGACAGCACAAACCAAUGAAAAAUGAUGUGCCUGUAAGUGAAGCUGCAGUUAAAAAAAUAGCUGCCCUUGAAGAUGAGCUCGCUUCGCUUCGGUCUCAGAUUGCUGCCAUCGUGAAAAUGCAGGGACUGCGGAGCAGCCCAGCAUCUGGCUUCAUUGACAUGAAUGAGCAACCUAGUGGUGUGGGACGAUUUCUGUCGUCGGGGACUGGUAAGCUGAUUGUGGAACCAGAUCACUUUCCAAGUUCGAAGCUUCCUUCUCCUCCUCUGCCACCACCACCACCACCGCCGCUUCCUCUUCAGUUCUCUUCUGUCCAGCCUCAGUGUUUUCCUCCCACACUACGAAGGUCUACUAAUAGUGGUGGCUUAGAUAAUCCAGCAACUGAAAUGAAAGAGCAACACUCGGAUGCUAGAAAGAACAUUUGUGGUCAUCAUUCAAAAAGCCAGAGAAAUAAUGCUGUUCCGAACAUGUUGGAUGUUCUAAAGGACAUGAAUAAGGUUAAGCUUCGUGCUGUUGAAAGAUCACCUGGUGGUAGACCCAUUCACAGAAGAAAAAGGCCAAGUUCUGACUGGGACCCAGUGUCUUUAAUAUCGCAGGCGCUUAAGCAGAAGUUUGCUUCUCAAGAAGAUGAGUCCUUUGACAAAGAAAGCCAGUCUUGGGAGUCUUCCCCUUUUUCUAGUCCAGAGACCUCAAGGUUUUGACAUCACCUUUCCUCUUCAGAAAGACAGUGAUCUAAAGGAAGAACUCAUCAAAAGCAUUUGACCAAGGAAGGGUUCAGCAACACAAGUUGUGUCUAGACUUGGAAGGAAAGAUCCAGACGCCCUGUUACAUCUUUCACUGCUCUUCAGGGAAGCAGGUCUGCCAGUGCUCAGCUACGGACAGCCCUGAAGAAUAUUGUCUCUGGCUUUGGGAGAUCCGGUGGUUACUGCUGCUGAAGAAAACAGGCUUCACGCCUGUUUUUCUUCAUUUGUUGGUGCUCCUGAAGACAGUGUGUACUUGAGUGAUCUUACUAAGCAAGUGGGACUUCCCAGGUGAUCUGUACUUAAUCUUUUUAAAGUCAGCAAUGAUCUGGUUUAUGUGGCCUUCAGCAAGUUGGAGCUUUUCAGAAGAUAAAAUGAUAGUUUUCAUUAAGGCAGCUAUAAUUUUAAUCUUUCUAAAACUUCCCAAGGUAAAUUAUUCUUAGAAACUGAUUUUGAUUGUUAAGUGCUACAAAUAGUGCAAUCUUCUUGAUAAUUUUUGUCCAUACUUGCUAUGUAAAUGUAUAUGCCUGACAUUUGAUUCCUUCCUUCCUUAUUAGGUAUAGCCUCUGUUCCUUUGUAAAUAGA